GAAUACAAAACUCGUCGGAGAAGUCAGUACCCGCCGGAAAAGAAGAAGAUGUCGUGGCAAUCAUACGUCGAUGACCACCUUAUGUGCGACGUCGAAGGCAACCACCUCACAGCCGCCGCAAUUCUCGGUCAAGACGGCAGUGUCUGGGCACAGAGCACCAAUUUUCCUCAGUUGAAGGAUCAAGAAAUCGCCGGAAUCAAGAAGGACUUCGAGGAGCCCGGGACUCUUGCCCCAACCGGACUAUUUCUCGGUGGCGCGAAGUACAUGGUGAUUCAAGGUGAACCAGGAGCUGUGAUCCGAGGGAAGAAGGGACCUGGAGGCGUGACGAUCAAGAAGACGACGCAAGCUUUGGUCAUUGGCAUCUACGAGGAGCCGAUGACCGGAGGUCAAUGCAAUUUGGUUGUGGAAAGGCUCGGGGAUUACCUCAUCGAGUCUGAUCUCUGA